AUGGCUUCCAUCUUCACCUUCCUCGCCUUCAUUGCUCUUCUCUCCUCCGCCGCCUCGGCCUUCUCUGGAAACUUUGAACUCACAAACAUCGUUGUCUCCUCGCCCUUUGAAGCAGAUCCUACUUCGACCCAGAGCACCUAUAUUCAAUUCGACUUCUGCGACGAAGAUACGCCUGAAGUUGGUCCCACUCACUGCUGUGUUGAAUGGGCUGUGGGUCUGAGCCCUCCCACCUCUGCAAGAGAUACCUGCGACAACAGCACCUUCAACGUCCUCGUCACCUCAUGGCAUGGUGUUGGUAAUCUCUCGCUACAGUUAGCCCAUCAGUACAUCGACAACAGCGUUGGUCAAGCCCCGUACAAUGUCCUCACCAAGUUCUCCGACUUCAAUUUGACGUACCCCACAACCGACUACUAUCAAUGUGAUAUUGGCAACGCAGCGUGUGUAACAACCGACGGAAAGGUCAUCAUUGCCAAUGUCACAGAAGCCAUUGCAUGA